GGUGUAUGAAGUACCGAUAUACUAAAACUCGCAGUCACAAGUUCAUUUCGCGUGUAUUGAGUUUUUCAGAGCCCAAGGUGGUACAACUCGAUUACAAUGUUGAAGUGACCCCUGGCGGAUGGAACUUCGUCAUUUUACUUGAUAGGAGAUCGAGAUUUCUCGCGGUACCAUGUUGCGGCACCUGCGGGCGUUCGAUCUGUACCCGCGGUUGAAGCAGGACGCCACGGGCGACGGUACCCGGGGCCCGAAAUCAUCCCGCGUAGCAUUCCUGGUUCUUUUUGGGUCGCAGCUUCUCGUGCUCCUCUGCAUGGUAACGGAAAUUCGAGACUUUCUGUCGCCCACAGUAUCACAGGAGUUUGUGGUCGACCACGCGGAACAAGUGGAUGUCGAUAGUUCAAGCAAACGUGCCUCCCCGCGUCCCCAGCUGAACAUGCGGGUGUCUUUCAACCUGACGAUUGUGGAUAUCCGGUGCUUGGAUGUGUCCCUAGACUACCAGAACACCAUGGGCCUGCGCGCGGUCGACGUGAAAAGCGGGAUUCGCAAGGUGCGGCUGGACGGUCUUACCCUGCGCCCCCUGGCAAACUUACCGUCCUUGCCGAACGACGUGGAGGAGGAGCUAUUGGAUCCGGACUUCCCCGGGAUACACCACCGACACGCCGGUACGAACGAGACCUGCGGGGACUGCUACGGCGCGCUGCCGGCAACCGAGUGCUGUGACACCUGCGAGGACGUGCUGCACGCAUACCGCAUGAAAAAGUGGGCCCUUCCCCGUAUCGAACAGCUCGCGCAGUGCCGCGGGCGAGAAACAGAGAGCUGGCGUAAGGUAUACAGCCCCUCGGUGCAAGUGGCCCGGCCGGUUCGGCCGGACUCGCCGCCGGGGAUGAGCAGGGAUGAGAGCGGUGACUCGUCGACCCGUGCGAGGGCAUCCUCAAUAUCCGCACGCCUGCGUGAGUCGUCUUCGUAUCCGUCCAUUUUAGGAAGCAGCUUCAGCAUCCGGCACUUUCGGCCGCUGGACCUCACUUCCCUGUCGAUCUGGGACUUCGGGAAUCGUGAUUCGCUCUGGGAAGCGAGCGCGGGAAAGCCUUGGCCCAACUGCAUCAUGAAAAACACGGCCAUUUUUGACAACGAGGAGGAGAGCGGAGGACCCUUGCGAGGACGUUCAACUGAGGCUGGUACUACAGGUACUACGGACAACAAGAAUUCCAAAGCAGCAGGCCCUUUGCGCGUGGACCUUACCGUGUUGGACGAGUUCAUUGCGGCAGAAACCAAGAAGUUGGAGGACAGCGGGCGAGUUCCCACCGCCAGGUUUGGGUCACUGAGUUUGAACCCGUUCAUCAGCAGCACCACCACCACCAGCUCCACUCCCGCAGGCGGAGACACGCAGCGCGCCUCCGCUCUGCGGGGAUGUGCGCCGACGUCAUCUGAGAGCAGUAGUGCAACCAACCGCAUCCUCGGGAACACGAAAGGAACAAGCCAAAGCGAUGCAGCAUCUGCAGCGGACCACGGUGCAGCCUGUAAGUCCACGAAUCAGUUCGAGAGCCGGUGGGAAGAGGUCUGCGCCCUAGUCUGUGCGCGCGUGCCGGAAUGCAAGUACUGGCGACACGGCUUUGCCUCUAGUGCCAUGACGAGUAAAUGCUGGCUCCAUGCCAGCAAGCAAAAUAACCAGUGGCGGCUCGGGUUCCGGUCCGCCCCGCGUGACUGCCUUCCGCCAGCUCCCGGCGACGGGAAGAUGAACGAUGGGACAUUAAAGACCUCUUCGUCACGAGAUGGGCCACAGGAUCAUGAAACAGCUGCGCACAAAGCAGGACACCUACCAGAUGAAAAAAGCGGUGCAAGUAGAGAGGCCGAGAAUAACCCCCACCAAGAUCAAGGUGCCGCCGCGCCCAGCUCCACUUUGCAGACGGCACAAGAACGAAGAGAUUUGCGUACGAAAGUGGUGAAGGCCGAGAGCACGGGGUCGUCUUCUCCGAGCGUUGACCCGAACUCAAACGUCCCGGCGGAUGCUGCAGCGCCCGCGGCGCAGGCGAAGAACUCCGCGCAAACAAGUACUACUAGAGACGACCCAGCCCCCCAGGGGGAAAAUGAAAAAAGCGCACCUCGCAGGAGGCUUUUGCGCAUUUUCGACUCCGACGAGGACGCUUUCUAUGGACCAGGCGGGAUCCCCCUGGGCGGGGCGCAGUACGACGUGCUGGACCACGUUCGGACCAGCGCGCAGAAGGGCGAAUCCUGCCGCAUCUACGGACACUUCCUGACGGCCAAGGUCCCGGGCAAUUUCCACGUCAACUUUAAAUCCACCAGCUCGGCCUUUUUCCAGGGUACGUUCGACCGUCCGCAGAAGGAAUACGCGCACGUCAUCCACCACCUGCAGUUCACGGAGAUCGAUCCCCGCUCCGGGGAACCGAUCUUGCGCCGCAUCAGCGACCCGCAGCCGCGCAGCGAGCGGUAUCUGCUGUCCGAAAGCACCUACUUGGAGGGGAAAAAAACUGGGAGGACAGAGAAGACUAGCACAAGCGGUAAUGAAGCCGUACAUUCUGCUGCUGGUCGUGCAGAGGUAACCAGCAAAGGAAUAGAUGCAGACAAACAUUCUGUGCGGACUCGAAUACGGCAGCUAUUGCAGGACGCAGAUGACGGGGACACGGCACUGGACCGGUGGUCCCCUCUGGAUGGAACGGCCUUGGUGAACACGGACGGGGCAGUAUCCUGAGUGAAAAGCAUCCCAAAGCAGGACCAAUUUGCGCACGAUGUGAUUGUUGUCCAUGUACAUGUAGCCGUGCCGGCAGGUCAGGAAUCGGAAUGCUUCACACAUCGUUCGGCAUGUAAACAUGACCCAAAUAGAGACACAACUUGUCGAGACCCGUGUGCGAGAAGUAUAUCUCCGUAGUGGAUUUGGUUUUGGAUGGGCAGCCAUGGGAUGCUUUUUACACCCGACAAGCAACCACAAGCCAGUACUAUUUGACCCUGAUACCGAACACCGACGAGUUUCAGCAGCGGGGCUUUCAGGUAUCGUUUCAAAAUUUUGGCUCACGGUCUAGAUAAAAAGAAGAGCGGCCUUCUAUCUAUCAUGCUGUAAAAGUUUUUGCAUAAAAAUACGAUCCAACGGCGCUCACAUGCGAGAGUGAGGAUACUAGGAUGCAGAUAGAGGGGCCGUCGGGACCGAUUUCAUCAAUCUCUGGACUUGUUGUCCUCAGGUACGAGUCAAUAUUUUGGUUUCAUACCGGUACCACAGUGCUGGAUUUCAGACGGCCGGUCUCUUUGACUCAGGAAUCUACUUUCGCUACGAAGUCGAUCCCAUUCGCGUGCUUUACACUCGCAAGCAGUUGUCGCCGGCGAAGUUUCUGAUCCAUCUUUGCGGCAUUGUUGGUGGGAUAGUAGCGACAGUACAGUUCAUGUUCUUUUCGACGAAGCUGCGCACUUGAAAGAACUUGGAGAUUUCAGCGGAGCGACAGCAAGACACAGCAAUAUCCACAUCUAACGAUUCUUGGUUCGGUACAGCGAACGCCUUCGCCUACUUUGCAUUGAGGUAAUUGUUUCACGUCGCAAGUUUUCGAUUGGGGAAACAACGUUAAAACUAAAGAACAGAAUGAAAGAAAACUAGAAUGUUAUGGCUGUGUAUCGC